AUGGCGGCCGUGGCUGCAGAGGCGGCAGCGACUGCAGCGUCCCCCGGGGAGGGGGGCGCCGGCGAGGCCGAGCCGGAGAUGGAGCCCAUCCCCGGCAGCGAGGCCGGCACUGACCCCCUCCCGGUCACGGCUACUGAAGCAUCUGUGCCGGACGGCGAAGCUGACGGGCAGCAGUCCUCUUCUCAGGCCGACGAACCGCCGCUCCCGCCGCCGCCGCCGCCGCCGCCGCCGGGGGAGCUCGCCCGCAGCCCAGAGGCGGCGGGGCUGGAGCUGGAGCCUGAGGAGAAGCUGCCCGCUCGAGUAGUGGAGCCGGCGGCAGCCGCGCCUCAGGAAGGGCCCAGCUUGCCACCUUCUCCUGUACCGCCGCCGGAGGAGACCCCGGCUCCCGAGGAGCGCCAGGAACCGCCGCUGCCCCAGCCAGCAGCCCCGGCUCUCGUGCCGCCGGCGGGCGGGGACUCCGCGGUGUCGCAACUGAUCCCCGGCUCGGAGGUGCGGGUCACGCUGGACCACAUCAUUGAGGACGCGCUCGUCGUGUCGUUCCGCCUCGGGGAGAAACUCUUCUCCGGGGUCCUCAUGGAUUUGUCCAAAAGACAUCAUGAAACGUAUGGUGCAAUAGCCCUACUUUUGGUGGGAAAAAUAUACAGCCAUUCUGGUGAAGCAAUUUUGGUGUUUUGGCCAAGAAGCAUGUGGGAUCUUAACUUCCCAAGGAGAGAUCGAACCUCCCUGCCCUGCAUUGAAAGGUUUGGGCCCCAUGGGAUCCCUGUGACAGUAUUUCCCAAAAGGGAAUAUAAGGAUAAACCCGAAGCCAUGCAGCUCCAAAGUAAUACAUUCCAAGAAGGGACAGAAGUCAAGUGUGAAGUGAAUGGUGCUGUUCCCCAUGACCCUUCUCCUGUCCCGCCUCCUGAGCUCAGCUUGGCCGAAAGCCUGUGGACUUCCAAACCGCCACCUCUCUUCCAUGAAGGAGCACCUUAUCCUCCCCCUUUGUUUAUCAGGGACACAUAUAACCAAUCAAUACCUCAGCCGCCUCCUCGGAAAAUUAAGCGACCCAAACGAAAAAUGUACAGGGAAGAACCUACUUCAAUAAUGAAUGCUAUCAAACUACGACCCAGGCAAGUUUUGUGUGACAAGUGUAAAAACAGUGUUGUUGCUGAAAAAAAAGAGAUUAGGAAAGGUGGUAGUGCAAGUGACUCUUCUAAAUAUGAAGAUAAAAAACGGAGAAAUGAAAGUGUAACUACUGUGAACAAGAAACUGAAAACUGACCAUAAGGUGGACGGGAGAAGCCACAGUGAAAGCCAGAGAAGAAACGCUGUGGUCAGGGUUCCAAGUAUCACCCACAGCAGAGGCCGAGCAGUCAGAGUGCCUGCUCAGGCAAACACGUCAAAAGCUCAGCUAAGUACUAAAAAAGUGCUCCAGAAUAAAAACAUGGAUCAUGCAAAAGCUCGGGAAGUGCUGAAAAUUGCCAAAGAAAAGGCACAGAAGAAGCAGAGUGAAACCUCUACAUCCAGAAGUGCGCAUUCAAAAGUCCAUUUCACACGUCGAUAUCAGAACCCUAGCUCAGGCUCCCUUCCACCCCGGGUUCGUUUAAAGCCCCAGCGGUACAGGAAUGAAGAGAAUGACUCUUCUCUGAAGACCGGACUGGAGAAGAUGCGAAGCAGCAAGAUGGCACCCAAGCCCCAGUCACGCUGCACCUCUACCCGCUCAGCAGGUGAGGCCCCUUCAGAAACUCAGAGUCCCUCCAGAGGCCCUGGAGAGGCCGGCAGUGGGGUUCAGGACGCAACUGAAGUGCUUGUGCCUGGUGAGCAGGAGGAGCCGCAGACGCUGGGCAGAAAGGGCAGCAAAAGCAGUAUCUCUGUUUACAUGACCCUAAAUCAAAAGAAGUCUGACUCUUCCAGUGCUUCAGUGUGUAGCAUUGAUAGCACAGAUGAUUUGAAAUCCUCCAACUCUGAGUGUAGUUCUUCUGAAAGUUUUGAUUUUCCUCCAGGCUGUAUGCAUGCACCUUCCACCUCCACUUCCUCCUCUUCAAAGGAAGAGAAAAAGCUCAGUAAUUCCUUGAAAAUGAAAGUCUUUUCCAAAAACGUCUCUAAGUGCGUCACACCAGAUGGCAGGACCAUAUGUGUAGGGGACAUUGUCUGGGCCAAGAUAUAUGGCUUCCCCUGGUGGCCAGCCCGUAUUCUUACCAUAACUGUGAGCCGGAAAGAUAGCGGCAUUUUAGUCCGACAGGAGGCCCGUAUUUCAUGGUUUGGGUCUCCAACAACAUCUUUUCUGGCUCUUUCGCAACUCUCCCCCUUUUUAGAAAACUUCCAGUCACGCUUUAAUAAGAAGAGAAAGGGCCUGUAUCGCAAGGCUAUCACAGAGGCAGCGAAGGCUGCCAAGCAGCUGACCCCUGAAGUGCGGGCUCUGCUGACACAGUUUGAAACGUGAACAUGGACAGUAAGGUAGGCAAGAACCUUUGGGAGGCGCCCCAGGGUUUCUAGUCUAGUGAGGGGUAACUUCUACGAGACAGCUUGGCUAAACCCGAGAGAGAAACUGCACUCAGUUGGCUGCUUUUUUAUACUUAAUCUUAUAGCCAUUUUUAGACAGAGAAGCUUAAACUGAACAAGCAAUCAAAUUUUGUCUUUAGGAAAGGAGAUUUUAGCAGUAUUUUUCAGUUUUGAAGUCUAAAACCAUCCCAAGGCAUAGGAGCCAUAGCCUCAACUGAAAAUGAAUUUUUGCAGGGACUGUUAAUUGCCAUUUGUACCUAGUACUGUGUGUAUGUGUAUAUGUAUAUACACACAUGUACAUGUAUGUGUGUGUACAUAAAUGCAUACAUAUAUAAAAUAUCGCCUGUCACUAUGUGACACAGGUUGCAUAUCUGGGAUCUUAAGGGCUGGUGAGCUGGGGGGGAAUAGUGAGGAUAUUCAAUGACUUUUGUUUUUUAAUUAAUCAGUACUUUCUAUGUGCAUAAUGGCACAGGAGUUUGAUAUUUGGAUGUCUGACAAACUGAGAUGCUUACUGUUAAGUUGCAGACUGGGGAAGCAGCCCAGUCCUGGAGGAUUAAGACUGUCAAGGCUGGCUAGGUCUGAAUCAUCGCGCCCUCUCUCUUGUCCAGUGGGGACUUAACAAAAACUUUCAAACUUCUGGUUUGGGAGUUUAGAUAGA